AUGUCGUGCACCGCUGCACGUAAUGCAGGGGAGGAGGAUUUCGUUUACAGAUGUGCCAAUAUUCCAAUUUGGGACCAACGAUGGUGGAGUGUGAGUCCCAUGCACCAGCCGGGAAGAAACUUCUUAGCGCGAUGCAGGCAGAGCGGGCACCUGGAAGUUCUGUUUCGAUCUGCUGUGUCUGACCUUUUCCUAGGCGGGUGUCGUUUUACGGGGAUGGAAAUGCACGUUGUCGCAGCCCAGGGCCAUCUGGCAGCCCAGUACACAGUGGCGAUGGUGCUGAUGCUACGCGACGACGCCGAGUCAAAGAACAAUGGCUUACAAACAUUUUGUGGGCUUGAGGCGGCCGGUGCCCUAACAAACUGCAAAUUGGUGUUCCGCGGCGUUGUCCAGGGACGUGGAGACACCUGCGUCGCCUGCCAAGGCUAA